UCCACAGACCCACUGCCCCUGAAAGCCACUGAACCCCAAAUCCCCCCUUGUCCCUGAGCACUCACACCAGCCCCAGAAAGCCCCAAAGACCUGCUCCCCCCCUGUAAGCUCCAACCCCAAAUCUCCCCUGCCCACCACACUCACACCAGCUCCAGAGAGCCCCACAGACCCACUGCCCCCACAACCACAAAAAAGGGCUAGCGAAUGUGGCAGGAGACAUGCUUUCCUCACAGGAGGCCGCUUCCCCCUGGAUCUCGGAUGAAGCCAGCUUCUGUGGAGAUACAGAUCAGCCAGUGAACAUGCAGACCCUGUCUCACAACCCUGCAGCAGCUGUACAAUUGCAUAUGGUCCAGUCAUCAGAGGCAGAGUCAUGGGAGAGCUCUGCAGAAAGCAGCAAGAACCAAUGCUCUGAGGAGCACGUAUUGACCUGCACGUUUGAUGCCUGUGACCUGGAACAAACAGGACAGGUGUCUGUUUUCCGUAUUAUCGAGUACUUGCAGUCUGUGACAGGGCAAAGCUGCGAGGAAGGGAGACUGCAGAUGCUUUACAAAAUGCUGGACCCAGAAGAAAGGGGAGCUGCAGUGGAUUUACCAACCUUCCGUGCCAUCAUGAAGACCUGGAUUGAAAAUUGUCGGCAGGAUGGGGGAUUAGACAGCACAAAGGAAGGAGACAAGUUUGUGGACGAUAUGCGCCUGUGGCCAUCUGGGAGGUGGCAGAGGGCUGUCUCUAGUGCUGCACAGUUAGAGGGGUAUGGUGGUGAUAUCGGCAGUGUAAACCCGCCUCCAAGGGAAGAGGCUGCCGCCUUGAUGAGCAGCAUUGAAGACCUGGAGUAUGGCCACAAAAAGCUGGCCAUGCAGAAUGCCAAGCUGCAGAGGACCAUCGAGGCAGCUGAGGAACACAGCUCCCGCCUCACUGAAGAGAUCUUCCAGCUGAAGAGUAGACUGAGAAGUUCACAGCAGGCCCUGGAACAGGCUAAAUCAGUGUCUAAUGAACUAGAAGAUUUGAAGGUUGUUGCGAAAAGUCUAGAAGAGGAGAAUGGCAAACUUCACUCACAAGCCCGGCAGCUGGAGAAGGAACAGCAGUGCCUCUCUUUACAAGUGAACAAUCUUCAAGAGGAGAACAGAAAGCUGCUCACAGAGAGAGACAGAGUGAAGCAGAAGGUUGCAGGGCUGGCUGCUGAGAAGUCAGAUUUGAAGACACAGCUCUGUGAAUAUGAAACUCUCCUCUCUUGCAAAGACACUGCCCUUACUGAGACAACAAAUCAUGCCGAAGAGCUGACGGCCAUGCUGGCGGAGUACAAAACAGUAGUACAGGAGCUGAGACUGGAAACAAGCCAGCUGCAGGAGCAGCUGAGCCAAACCUACGAAGAUCUGGCCAUGCUGCUGAAGGAGGUGCCCCACGAGCUUAAACCCCACUGUCAGCUUCCUGCACAGCCACUCUGCGUGGAGAUAGAAGAAAUCCAGCAGGGAGGAAAAGUGGAGGCCAGUCUGCCCAGCCCACUGUGUGGGGUGUUGCCAGCCUCAGGAGGUCCUGCGCUGGUGCAGCUGCUUGUGGGGAGGAGCCCAGUGGCUGUCAGGGCUGGAGCAGAGGAGCAGGCGGUGAGCAUGGUCGACUGUACCCCUGCAUGGCUGGCUCAGCAGAGCCCCACCGGGGAAGGUGAAGCCCUGGCUGAACAGCAGCAGCGACUGAUGCCAGAAAGCACAGAGGAGCCGAGAGACUGGGACUGCCCAGCCAAGGAAGAGUUGUGUGAGCAUGGUGGAGAGAAGCAGCUUAGGAUAGCCAAGGGGACCGCUGACGAGCACAGCUCUUUAUGCUGCGUGGAGACCCAUGUGUUUCCUUGGCCGGAAGGAAAGGCAGCAAGGCCUCUCUGCCUGGACCCCCAGCCCGCAGACUCGCCACUGUCCAGUGCAACAGAGAGGAGCCCCAGGGGCCUGCAGGAACAGGCACUCGUCCCCGUGCAGAAUCAGCUCUCCCCUGUCAAACAGAAGCAGCUGCCUCACUGCUGGUUUGAAACCACAGUGCCACAGUUUCCCCCUCCGCAGCAGUCACGGCCCCACGUCCUCCCCAGCCGCCUGCUGCUGGGCCUGCUCCUCACACUCCUCCUGCUGCCAGCACUGUGCUACCUGGGACUGUCCUGCAGACAGCAGCCUGGCUGGACCAUGCCCUCAGGGCUGGCAUGGCCCCACCUCCAGCUACGGUACCUCAGGCCCCCACCUCAGUGAGCCCUUCCCAUCCAGCAGAGGGGAAGGGGGGAGAGGAGGCAGUGCUAAGCUACUACUGAUCCCUCUCCCCCCCACAGCAGCCCAACUUGAAGGCAAAUAAAGGCAGCUCAGGCCAAUGAAACGGAGCAGGAGCGCAGCUUUCAGUGCAGGCUCAGCCGAAGUGAAGCCCUUUUCCCACACCUAGCCCUUGUUUUCCCUCCCAUGGCACAGGAAGUAGGUGUGAACAACCCCGUGUCUCCUCCCCCACUCAGAGCAGAGCUGGCCUAAAGGCCUUGCUGCCAGCCCAGAACUGGGUGUGGCCAGAGCAGUCUGCACAGGGACUAUUACCUGACCCCAUGCAGGGCAGGGCAGGCUUGGCUGAGCACACUGUGGGCUCCCACAGGCCCCCUAUAGGGCAGAUUCGGGGCAUGCCUGGGUGGCACUGAGCUGCAUGGGGCAAAGCAGUGUGCACCAUACAGUGGCUAUUCUUUACUCGUUAGGGAACUGGAGUAAGAUGGAGCAGGCCUGGAUCUAUUGACCAUAGGAACCAGGCAGGCCCCCAAUGCGGGAAUCACACAGGUGGCUUUAAACUCCACACCCAACCUAAGCAACCCAACCCUGAGCCAGACCCUACCCCUACAGCCACAGUCACGCCACUGGCACCUCCUCUGCUAGAGCUCCAAAACUGCCCCGUGCCAGAGCCCUCGGAUGGGCCCCAGAGCAGUAGUCUGGGUUACCCCCUCACCCCAGAGCCCUGGCACUGAGCUCCAGCCCCAGCACACACUGGUCCCACAGGCCUGCCACAGUCACAGCACACACCCUGUGAGCAAGGUGAGACUCACAAGUUUAAGAUUCAGCCGCCCAGGGACUUUGAGCAACAGAACUGUGAACCUAAGCUGUGCUGGACUCAAGUCUGUCUACCCAGGAUCCCGAAUCCAGGAACUGAACCAGCAGGUCUCCCUCCCCUCCUGCUUUCCUCCCUCUGAAAUCAAGCCAGGCUGUGGCAGCAGCUCACCAUUAACACCAAUUACGAUUAUUCAGACUGAGCCAUAGUGAUUGGGAAAUGCAGACUACGUGGGCACCCCUGUGCCUGGGUUAAUUUCUUCACUGGUUUAUUUGCAGCUCCCACUUGUUUGCCCAGUGCACUGGGGAAGAAAUGCCUUUCUAGAUCUUAACACAGAGGGGGCCCAGAAGCAGAGCAUCUGCACCAUUUCCACAUGGAAUCUUUGUCCCUCAUAAAACAUGAAUUUCCAAGGAACAGUCAAAACACUGGGGGAGAAACAAUCUGUCACCCUCCUCAAAACACAGCUACUGCCCUUCUGCACAUCCCUGCUCCAAUCAACACCCCACCAUGUUUCCUGGCUUUCUACCCACCAGGUCUGCCAGUGGUGUGGGGCCAUCUCCAGAACCUGGCAACUUCUUGAUUGCUGGACUUAAGCCUCCAGCCAAUGCAAAACUGCAUUUGGCCUGGAUACUCUUAUUCCUUUGGUGAGCAAAUUAUCCUCUCUCUCCAUUGGGGCAACAGGUUGUGUGCUAAGGUGGCACAGCUGUUCUUGGCCCAGAAAAGACCUGCUCUCCAACUGGAGAGCAAACUAGAGGGAUGCAGAGAUCUGCUAAUGGGGCCAGAGAUUAAAUCCCACCAGGAAUACACUGUGUCAUCACAGCCUGGUUUCUGAUCAGACAGGAAGGAGUUACAACCUCACAGCUCAUCUGAUUUUGCUGCCCUCAUUUCUGUCCUCAGUUGUUCCAGGGGAUGCUUCCUUCUUCCAUCAAAAACAGCCAGCAAAAUGAAGGGUGUCUCUCUCUCUGGGUCAUCAUCAUCAGGGGUUAGGGGAGUUUGUUUUUUAACUUGUUUUUAGUUGGAACUUCAAGGAUAAACUGAAUCAUAAAACCAAAUGAAAGUC